AUGAAUCGCUUUUUACGACUUUUACGUCCUAUUUCUGCAAGUAUUGAUGCCCUUUGUAAUGUUAAACACCGUACAAACCUUGGCUACAAAAGAGAGAAAAAUCCAUCUAUUUAUAAGUCUACUUUUAAAGUUUCUGUGUGCCAAAUAUCAUCGGUAAACAAGUUCGGCGAAAUUGAUCGCGAUAGUCUUUACGAUCGUUUUUCGAUAUUGGGAUUUUUUGCACCCAUCUUAGCAGGAGAAAACGAGCAGGAUGAGGAUGAUUCAACAGGGCAUAAAGAUAAUUUGAAACGGAAUAAAACCGGAAAGUUUAGUCGGACAAGCUCAGUGUCAACAUUUCAAAAAAUGAAGUGCAUCAGGUCGGCGAAAAGACAGCUAGAGUUUCAAGACAAAACAGAUGAAGAAAGCUAA